GAAGAUUCCACCUAUAUCCUACUCUGGAUAAUUUCCAGCGCUUUAUUAUCCUUUUGUAUUAAUAGAGUAAAACUAUUUUUUUUCCAAAUGGGUUACUAGUAUGAGUAAUUUCUUACUUCUUGACCAUGUAUCAGAUUCUCAAGGUUCAGGAAGUGAAUGGUCAAGUACAAUCUCGUCUUCGGUUUCUGUCGUAAAGACGAAAACCAGCAUUUCCAAAAAUAAUCAUGAAUUUGGGAAUUCCAUAAAUAACCUCAAAUCCGGAAAUGGUCUUUCAAUAUCUUCAAAUAGUUCUAUUGCUUCUUUGCCAAAUCCAGUUAACGAGAGUCUUACGAGAAAUAACUCUUUUAGGAAGACCGGGGAUGUUGAUAAUGGAAAUGAAGUACAAACUAUGCAAAGCACUGAAGAACCAUCUUCCUCAAAAGCUUCUACUUCAAGGCGUGAGUUUCGCCCUCGACGCCCUGAACAAACGAUGCCUUACACUUACGAUUUUCUGAGGCAUAAACUAGAAUUUAAAAAGAUGGGCUUAGCACCAAUUUCUGUUCCGCAUGGCCCUGAACAUACAGUUGAACAACGAUCGGUAGCUCACAGGCCAGUCAAUGUCAUAGUAAGGGGAGCCAUAAAGAAGAAAGAAUCACCCAUUGAUGACCAAAAAAAAUUGGAAACAAAAGUUCAUAAGAAGAGAAAGCGACAUGGUAUAAUUUUAUCCGACAGCGAUGACGAACCUUCAAAUAAUCAUAGUUCACUGGACUUAAAGUCAAAUGACACUAUCACAGGUGAAACUAAAGAUUUUAAUAAAUUAGAUUUAACUCCUUCACAUUUUUCUGACCAGGAUGAAGAAGAUGCAGAAUCAUCAUCCUCUUUUUCUUCUACAGGUUCGAGUACCAAAACACCAUCAUCGCUCGAUGCCUACAAAAAAAGACUAAAAGGAAUUCUUCCUCCUUCUUUUUUAACGAUACAGGGAAAAAGGAUGUUGGAUCAAGGGAAUCCAAGUUUAAAACUUCAUCAUAAAAGAAAUCAAGAUACUAUUGGUGUUAGAAAAAAAGGCAUCGUGAGACGAAAGCUGAAUCAAAACAGAGCUAAAAGCUUAUCUUAUGGAAAACCUUUAAAUGAUCAAGAGCAUUAUGAAGAUAAUCCCCCUUUGUCAUCUCCCAAUGUCACUCACAUAAAUAAGGCAGCUUUCGUAGACUCACCCACUAAGGAAAUUCAAAAAAACAAUCAAGGAGGUGAAGGAGAAGAGCCUUCUUCAAUUGCAAGUAUUUCCAAUCUCCAAACAUUCCGCUCUGCUAGUUUCCCUCAAGCCCCAAACGAAAUGCUUGAAGGGCCGAGUGCUUCUGUUCACACCUUAUAUGAUACCCCCAGAAAAAGAAGGAGAAAAAAUAAACGCCGUUAUGUUGAUUUAGGUUUAGUAGCAGCACAUACGUAUAACACGACCGGGAAACCUCCGCCAAAAUUUUUACGAAUAUUCUCUCGUACUGCUUCAAAAAUUCCAAAGAGACGGUCGAAAUUAGAACAAAGAAGCUCAAAUAAGUAUUUUCUGUUUGAUUCGGUAUCUGACCAGAAGGAAGUCGAACAAGUGAUAGAUGCUUGGAAUCAGGGCGAACAUUUGUUAACUAAGGGAACUUCCACAUCAGAUCAGAAAGUCAUUGAUAAAAGGAAUGUCAAUCAAAGUAGUGAACUUUUACGAAAUAGAAGCUAUAAAGUCGACAAUUAUAAGACAUCUUCCGUGAACCAUUCCAAGAUAAAUUCGUCGGCAAGAAAAAAAGAGGACUCACAUAAAAGACAAAAGUUUAUUUCUUUAUUUUCCUAUUCAAAAGCUCGAGGAAAGAAUAGAAAACAGCCAUAUACUUUCCUCCAGAACUCUCUAGAUGGGCUUUUUGUUAAUCAUCCUAAUGAUUCGGCAAAGAGCGUGCAUAACCCCUUGAAGAAUAAUAACGAUUCUAGAUCAAGCUAUAUGUCUCUUCCUAAUAAAAAGAACGAGAAAACUGUCCCAUCUAUGUUUACUAAAUUACCUAGGAAACAGAAAGCAAACCGAAUCCUACGUGAUGACUACGGUCAGCUAAUUUUUUCUUACAAAGGAUCUGAUAGUUCACCAAACAUAGAACACUUUUUUAAGGUUGGCUCUUUUCCUGUUACUUUCAAUGUGGUUCCCUUCAAGUUUGGUGUCAGUUUACCAGAGGGUAGUCUUCUUCGAAAUGGAUACUUAGAAAAGAUAAUUAAAAGAGAUUUGAGUUAUCCUACAAGAGACAUAUAUGCUUUUUCUCGUUAUUUUAGCGUUUCUGACGAAGUAUCAAAGACAAACAGCCAGUUAGAAGAAACUUUUGAACUAAUAGUGGAUCUACUCCCGGGAUUUAAUAGUAAUUAUGCUAACGAUGUGUAUAAUCUCUUUUCAUUUUGCUCUGGAUACUUGCUUAAUUUACAAUUGUCGGAUCAAAUGAGCCUUACGACGCAAAGUUCAUCUUUUCUGGAAAUGUUUGCCAAGUUUUUCGACCGAUGCAUGACAAUCAUCUCUUUAAAAGAAAGUCGGUUUUUUCUUAAACUAAACAUUCUUUUCUUAAUGUUUCAGUUUGUUUAUUGCGCCCAAUAUGAGAUAAUUAGUUCUUCAUCUAGAAAUUCUAUUCGCUUAGCAAGAGAGUUGAUAAAUAAACUGUUAAGUUUUGGACAGUCUGAUUUACUGGAAUGCUAUCGUUGUCUUAGGUCUUCAACUGAAUCGACAGAUCCGUUUUCAGUGAUUUCGUUGGAGACAUGGGUAGUCUUAAACAAACUUCUUAUUCUUUGUACCGGAAAAUACGAAUGUUUAUGGGAACAAGUUGAUAAUUUUUUGAGUUUGGAUGGCUCUGAUUUAUCAAUUUUAGAGAUGGAAAAGAUAUGGUACAUUUUAAUCACAGUCUCUCCAGUGUUCCAGUUCAAUGACCUUGGUGUCGCCGGAAGCCCUACCAGCCAUAGUUACUGGCCUCUCGUUCUCAAAACUUGCCGAAGUACGUUUGAGAGGCAGAAGAAAGGAGUCGAUCCUAAAAUUACAGAACGAUACUUACGAGUUUUAUUGUUACGAAUUAAUCUUUUGAUAUCUGAAUGGUUUUGGUCUGAUGUAUCUUGCAUUUUAAUUGCCAUUUUUGACUUCUUCAGUCAUCGUAAAUUUACUGAUCUUUCUUAUGAAUCAUCCGAAGAUGUUGCUUCACAAUUUCCAGAUUUUGUUAAAUCAUUGGAUAGAUCUCCCGAUUUGCACAUAAGUGCGCUUGAUACAUGCUUCGUCAUUUUUCUUAAAACAGUGAUUGUUUCAAUCCAAAGACUGAAAUGUGAUUCCAAAAAUACUUCGACAAUACGUCGAAUUGUCUCAAGACUCCAACCACUACAUGCCAGACAAUACAGAAGAGAAAUUCCUUUUUCCAUGAAAGACUAUAUGUCUCUUGAGCACACACAUACUUUAUUGAUAUCAUUGUUUUGGGUUGCCCCCGAGAACUGUAAGCCAAAUAUAAAUAGAAUACGCGACAAUGUCAUAUUCGAAGGUUCCCAUCUCAAAGCACGAUUAAUCAGUUUAAAGGCUUGGCAAUAUUUGAUGCGAUAUAUAUUACUGUAUGGAUCUGACGCUCAAUUGGAUGCUUGUAUGUAUUGGCUUGAUUCAUUAAUAAAAGUUACUUUGGAUGAAUACCUAUCAUUGGUACUCUCAGAUCAAAGUCUUGAUGAGGUUGAGCUUAUUGCUUAUUCUCAAGGUCAAUUGGAAGACUUCCUAUUGGUAGUUUUUUACUCACUUCAAGCUUUAAUACCUAGUCCUUCUGUCUAUAUUCGAAGAAUUAACUGCUUAUUGACACUGCACUCUAGUCAGUGUAUAUUUCAGAAGUCUUCCAGCUUGCCAUCAAGAGUAGUACUUGAAUGCACUUAUUUUUUGAAAAAGCUACUUACUUAUCAUUCUGUCUGUCAGGUACCUCGUGAAAAAACGGUGACUAGCGUCGUAUCUGCUGAUAGCCAAGAUGCUUAUUUCGAAAAUGAUUAUAUUGAUGAUACGGAACUAAUGAUCGAGCAAGAAAAAUUCGAGCGAAUAUGUGAACUGGCUAAACUUUUAAGGAAACAUGUAUCACCUUAUCUAUAUCAGACUAUAUCCACUAUAGUAGGAAGCGAUGAGAGCGAAUACAAGUCAUUUCGCCCUGUAUCGAUUCCUUUAAUGGAGUGUAUGGCGCUUUGCGCUAGCUUUGCUGUUGAAGCUAAAAUCAACGAUUGGAGUUAUUACGUGGAUUUUGGUACUGAAUCUUGGGAACGAAUUCGGAAUACGCGAUUGAAGCGGUCAUUGAGUAGUCAAUUUUAUUCUAUCCUAAUAGAAACUAACGUUUCGUUUUUAGCAGAUCAACGUGAAAAAGUCAUGACUGUCUGGUUUGAGUCAUUGGGCGCUUUAAAUGAUUCAUACGCAGCUCCUUUUACCUUACUUCUUUUGGAGAAAGAUAAGAAUAACCCAUUAUUGUUUAACCUACCAAUAAUACUAGACGAUCAAGCGGCCUUUUUCCGUCAAUUCAAGUCAGUCCAAUUAAGUUUAAUUUCUUCUGUCCUUGGAAAUAUGGCAAAAAUUUAUGAUGAUGUAAAAAGCAACUACAUGGAAAGUCAGCAAUAUCAUCAAAUACUUUUCCUUCAAUAUUUAAGUUCACUGUUAGCGUCAAUGCAAAGCAGUUAUGAAAGUCUUGUUUUUUCAGGUGAUGACCAUUCCAUAUUUAUUUCAUCCGCGCAAAGGGUUGUGGGUGACAUUCUUCAGUAUUGUAGUCCGUUUGCUAAUGAAAGGAAUUUGGCAGGACUCCGUUAUUUUAUGGAUUCCGCAAGGUUUCCUCAACCACCGGAGCGUUUAGAGUACGCUGCUUUUCGAUUACGAAGCUAUGCCCGAAAAAAUUUAUCCUCAGACUCUUCUCGAAACGCCUUAUUCAGUUUCUUAAAGGCAAACUUAGAUAUUGCGCUACUAGAGCAAAAGCAGAAUGAUAUUAUGAGUCUCUUAACUCUUGCUAUGGGAAGUUAUAGUCAAAACGUCAACGACCAUUGGGAUUUCGAAGUGUCCUCAUUACGGAAGUUUUGUUUGAAUGAUCUUUUGUUGAAUUACUUAAACGUCAAGUCUUUAGUAGCCUCGUUUUAUUCUUCUUUGCUGCUUGAUUGUUUAACACAUGUGUAUAACAGUUUUCAUUAUGUUUAUUUAAAUGAUGAACACCAGAUAAAGAUUUGUGAAGAGGUUUCUACAUCCAUUUCUGCAUUAGAGAAUUUUGCUUUAUUGUAUUCUUCUUCAAAUCCUGUCAUUGCUGGCAAAAUCUAUAAUCUUCUGUCUGCUAUAGCAAAAUUUGCAUUAGUAGAGACUGAUAACCGCUUGGUUUUAGAUCUUCAAAACUUUUUAGGAAAAUUAAGUCGAGAGUUCUUGUUAGAGCUUUGUUGGAUUUUACAAAGUCAAGAGUACCCUCCACCUUUUUGUCAAGAAGUGUGUCCACAGUCUAAACUCUUCAGUUCAAUUGAACAGCAUUGUAAUGCUGACUGGUACGAAAAUAUUGAUAAUAUUGUUCAUAAAGUUAGAAAGACUAAAUUGCAUUUGCCCUGUGCUGUUGAACAGCAAUCCAGUAAGUGGAAUGGUUUAAUAGAACUCUUCGUUCAAUCAUGGAAGAGGAAACCGGAAAUUUUGGAGCCUGAAUUAGAAACCUUUUAUAGAAAUGCGCGUCUACAACAUAAUACUCUAUCAAAUGUACCGUUUCAGGUAAGUGAAAUGCUUGCCAGAAUAAACCGUCUUUGGAUUAUUGAGGACAAUAAUGCGCAUGACAUGUAUAUAUAGAUUAAUUUAUCAUAAUGUUUAGAUAAUUUAUUUUUUACGAUUUUUUUUAGAACAAAGUAUCAUGUUUGUUUUACAUUCAAAACAAGA